AGAUUAACGUUGUUUUUUAGUGAUGAGUGAUUGCUGGCUUAAUACAAGCUGUUAGAAAUUAUGUUUCUGUAAAUAUUAAAAUACAGUUUUUUGAAUCAGGUCAAUAUUCUCAUCUUCACAGUCGUGAGUAAGUUUGUAAACAAGCAGGAAUAUCUGGAGGAGUAUAUCAGCUGUGAAGAUGAUGUUUGUUAAAGAAGAGAGUGAGGAGAAAACGAUUAAAGCAGAACCCUGGAUAAUAAAACACGAGGAACAAAGAGGCCUGAUGAACGUGAAAGAAGAAGAAGAUCUAAAUAAAGUGGAGGAGAAAUAUCAGUGUCAGAAUGUCAUCAUUGAAGGAACAUCAGUGAAUUGCUCCAAAACUGAAAAAAGUUGCUCGCAACAAAACAUUCAAAGAAAAGAAGUCAAAAUGCCUUUCAGCUGCUCUCAGUGUGGAAAUGCAUUCACUCGUAAAAACUACCUUAAGAAUCACAUGAAAAUUCAUACUGGAAUAAAGCCUUUCACCUGCUCUGAGUGUGGAAAGAGUUUCACACAGAAAAGAAAUCUUGACGAACACAUGAUGAUUGUUCAUGCUGGAAAAAGGCCUUUCACCUGCUCUGAAUGCGGAAAUACAUUCACACGCAAAGAAUGCCUUAAAAAUCACAUGAAAAUUCAUGUUGGAAUAAAACCUUUUGUCUGCUCUCAGUGUGGAAAGACUUUCAUUCAGAAAAGACAUCUUAACGAGCAUUUGCUAACUCACACUUCAGAAAAGCCUUUCACCUGCUCUCAGUGUGGAAAAUCUUUGUCACGUAGAGAGAGUCUGAAGAAUCACAUGUUAAUUCAUGCUGGAAUAAAGCCUUUCGUCUGCUCUCAGUGUGGAAGGAGUUUUACACAGAAAAAACAACUUAAUGAGCAUUUGCUAACUCACAGUUCAGAAAAGCAUUUCACCUGCUCUCAGUGUGGAAAGUCUUUGUCACGCAGAGGAAGUCUGAAGAAUCACAUGUUAAUUCAUGCUGGAAUAAAGCCUUUCGUCUGCUCUCAGUGUGGAAAGAGUUUCACACAAAAAAAACAACUUAACGAGCAUGUGCUGAUUCACACCUCAGAAAAGUCUCUCACCUGCUCUACGUGUGGAAACACUUUUACACGUAAAGAAACCCUAAAGAAUCACAUGUUAAUUCAUAUGGGAAUAAAGCGUUUUAGCUGCUCUCGGUGUGGAAACGCUUUCAGCCAUAAAGCAAGCCUUUGGAAUCACAUGAAAAUUCAUACUGGAAUAAAACCUUUUAGCUGCUCACAGUGUGGAGGCAGUUUUACUCAGAAAAGAAGACUUAAUGAGCAUAUGUGUAUUCACACAGAAAAGUCUUUUAUCUGUCCUUAGUGUGGAAAUUCUUUCACAUGUAAAGGAACCCUUGAGAGACAUGUUAAUUAAUACUGGAAAAAAGCUUUUUACUUGCUUUCAGUGACUAUGUUUACAUGGACAUCAGUAAUUUAAUUAUUUACCUUAUGCUGAAUAAGACAGAUUUAUGAUUUAAGGUGUUUACAAGCUGCUACAGUUCUUGAAACAAAGUUACUUGCUGGACCUCCAAUACAUUCGAAACACAUAGCAGACCGUCAUCACGGACCCCCUCAGCAUGCAGUUAAUACCAAGAUUAUAGCCACAAACCAAAACUGAUCAACAGACUAAUCAAUAGCACAAACAGGGAGCAUCUCAUAUUUCUGCGGUAGCAUCCUUUACCCCAGAUAUGACUAUGACAAGGCUUGCAAACACUGGUGUUCUGGCACCCCCUAUACAUCUUUAGAACAGGUUUGAAAGUUUAAGGAAUGUGGGUGAGAAAUCCCCAAAUGUGACUGAACAUGGAUCAAAUCAGAUUCAUAACAGGCGCUCAAGGACGAGCUGACAGAGCCAUUCAGCUCAGAGCACAGUCGAGCUCAGGACUCUGAUAGUGGGCGACUCUGUUAUCAGAAACAUCCGUAGCAGGACUAUAACUUGCUGCUUUCUAAAAGCAACCAUCUGUGAUGUGAACAGGGAACUUCAGAACAUUCUGAUGAAGCACAAGACUGCAAAUCAAAUCAUCAUCCAUUUGGGGAAGAAUGAUAUUCGGAAAGAGCAGUCAGAACUCCUUAAGAAGGACUUCAGUGAACUCCUUGAAACACUUUGAAGACUUGUCAUUCAUAAGUGGACCACUCCCAGCAAGGGGAACUAAUAUGUUUCCACAGUUACUUGGGCUAAAUACAUGGCUACAAAGAACAUACAGUAUAAAACUUAAAGGGUUAGUUCACCCGGAUAGCAAAUUAAUGUAAUUAAUAACUCACCCUCAUGUUGUUCCAAACCCGUGAGACUUCCGUUUAUCUUUGGAACACAGUUUAAG